AUGCCUUUCCUAAAAGAGGACAUGACACGUGUGAAGGAGCCACAGCAGACGUCUGUGGUCCCACAGUCAUGGUUCCUCCCGAGUCUGUUCGCUGCCUCCAAUGUGAUGCUGCUGGUCUUUUUGAGUGGCCUUUUCUUCGGGUUCCCUUGUAGGUGGCUGGCUCAGAACGGAGAGUGGGUCUUCCCCAUGGUCACAGGCCCGCUCUUCAUCCUCACCUUCUUCAGUCUUGUCUCGCUCAACUUCUCAGACCCUGGCAUCUUACACCGAGGCUCCAUCAAUGAGGAUCCCAUGAUGGUGUACGUGGUAAGCGUGAAUCAAAAGGCCUUCCGCCUACAAUGGUGCCCCAAGUGCUGCUUUCAUUGUCCACCCCGGACCUACCACUGCCCCUGGUGCAACAUUUGUGUGGAGGACUUUGAUCACCAUUGCAAGUGGGUCAAUAAUUGCAUCGGUCACCGCAACUUCCGCCUCUUUAUGGUGCUGGUCCUGUCCCUCUGCCUCUACUCGGGCGCCCUGCUCAUCACCUGCCUGAUAUUCCUAAUUCGUACGAGCCAUCUGCCCUUCUCCGUGGACAAGAUUAUGGCCGUCCUGGUGGCUGCACCCGCGGCGGGCUUCCUGAUUCCGCUCGUCCUGCUGCUGCUGAUCCAGGCCAUAUCUGUGAGCACCGCGGAGCGCUCCUGCGAGAACAAGUGCAGGAACCAUCAAGAAUACAACCCUUUUGACCAAGGCUAUGUCAGGAACUGGUACCUAACAAUGUGUGCACCUCUGAGUCCCAAGUACAUGUCUGAAGUCGUCUGUCUGCAAAGGCCAGUGGGGUCGGAAUGGAUCUAUGAGAAGACACAGCCCGCACCACCGAGUCCUGAACACUGUUCCCCAGGUCCCCCUGGUCCCCCUGACACCUCUGAGCCCCCGGAUCCCCUUGGCGCCCCUGAUGCCCCUGGACCCCAGCCCCAACCUCCUCCGAGCACUGCAAGGAAGGGGCCUCGAGGAAGAGGUAAAGCCGUCAUUGUUCUCAAGGAGGUGAGAAGGCAGAAGGCUUCUGUGGGAAAGUCCCCAAGAGGUGGGGCUGGCUCUGAAGCUGAAGUACUUAGAGCUUGGUUGAGACUUGUUAAACCUGCAGGGACCUUGAAUGAGGGUGUCACAGGUCCCCAGAACACUCUCAGAUGCCCCCCAGAAACAGAGAAAAGACCGCAUCCCAACUUACUUUGGACCUGGGCCAGUCACUAGCUCUGGACCAGUGUCCUUGACUGUUAAUGAGGAUAGAGAUUAGCCUACAGUUUAUACUGUUUUGAAGAAUAUUCCUUUAUGUAGAUACAAUUUUCCACACGGCCCAAUUUCAUUGAAAUAUAUGGAAGUGGAAUGUAAGGAGUAUGAUGAGGAAGGUCACCACAAAUUCCCUCCCACCCCGUGGCCUUUGAGGAGCUAGUCUCUCCUUGGCUCGUCAAUGGGGAGUUGGGGAGGGGGUGGAGCACCGGGGUUGCCUGGGAGCUGCAGCUGGGGAGGCUGGAGGAAGCCUGCA